AUGUGGUUUGACACAAUAUUGCCUAUCUUGUUAGUUCUUCUUCCCUCUUGUGUUUGCCUUGAUUCCUUUACGCUAAACCAAGCCAUCAAAGAUGGGGACGUGUUAGUCUCCGGCAUCUUUGCACUUGGAUUUUUCAGUCCAGGCAAUUCUUCUCGCAACCGUUACGUUGGAGUAUGGUAUAACCAAAUUUCUAACCAAACAGUUGUGUGGAUUGCAAACAGAGACAACCCUGUCCCUGAUACCUCUGGAGUGCUAUCCAUAAAUGGAGAUGGAGGCCUUGUCAUCUAUGGAAAUAACCGAAGUUUCCCUCUUUGGUCUGCUAAUGUCACUCUUUCUUCUCCAAACACAUCAAUUGCCAAGCUUCUGGAUACAGGAAAUCUUGUCUUGCUUGAAAAUGAGGAUAGUCAAAAGGUUAUAUGGCAAGGCUUUGAUUAUCCCACUGAUACAAUGCUUCCAUUUAUGAAACUUGGUUUGAACCGGCGGUCAGGGCUGAACAGGUUCAUAACAUCUUGGAAAUCGAAAGAUGACCCAGGAACCGGGAGCUGUUCAUUUCGGCUUGUCGACCCUAAUGAAUUUCCACAGAUGAUUAUUUACAAGAAUGGAGCUCCAUGGUGGAGGGCUGAAGUUGCACCUUGGGCUGAUCAGACAUGGGGUACUACAACUAUUUUAUUGAACAAUGAAGAUGAGGUAUCCAUUAUGUCAUCUGCUAAGAACAGACAGUCAAAUUUAUCAAGGACGGUUUUGGAUGAAUCAGGAACAUUAGGACGGUUCACGUGGAAUGAUCGAGCACACCAGUGGACAGAAUAUUGGUCUGCUCCGGUAGAGCGUUGCGAUUUUUAUGCACAAUGUGGUCCAAAUGGUUACUGUGAUCCCUACGCUGCUGAUACUAUAGAUUGCGGCUGCCUGCCGGGGUUUGAACCUAAGUCGCCGACUGAUUGGUACGCAAGAGAUGGGACAGAUGGGUGUGUGAAGAAGAAAGGAGGAGUAUCUACAUGCCGAAAUGGGGAAAAAUUUGUGAACCUGGAAAGUAUGAAAAUACCAGACUUGUCGAGUGCACUUGUUAAUAUGAAUGUGAGUGUGAAAGCCUGCAAGCAAAUAUGUUUGACGAAUUGUUCUUGCGUUGCAUACAGUAGCAGCGACAAGACUGGCUGUGUGACAUGGUAUGGGGAACUGAUGGACACAAGAAUGCUUCCGGAUGCUGGUCAAGCUUUAUAUGUACGAGUUGAUCCAAUCGUCUUUGCUCAAUACGCAAAGAAGUCAAAUGAUUCUCUAAGCAAGAAGGUAAAGCUGGCAAUUUCACUAGCAUCUGUUUUAGCGCUAUUUCUACUAGUUUUGCUUGUGUGCCGGUUACAGAGGAGGAAGAGAAAAGGUAAGAGAAGCCAAAAUGAAUGUUCAUUUACCUCCUUCAGUGAAUCUACUCGUGGAAUGGAACCUGAUGAAAGUAGCAUAAGCUCAGAUUUGCCAUUCUUUGACCUAACAACGGUAGCAGCAGCCACAAACAGCUUCUCUGCUGCAAACAAGCUUGGAACAGGCGGUUUUGGCUCUGUCUAUAAGGGUGUACUUUCUAAUGGAAAAGAAAUAGCAGUGAAAAGAUUAUCCAAGACCUCAGGUCAAGGGAUUGAAGAGUUUAAAAACGAAGUAGUGUUGAUUGCGAAACUUCAACAUCGGAAUCUGGUGAGGAUAUUAGGCUGUUGUGUUCAAGAUGAAGAGAAGAUGCUAAUCUAUGAGUACUUACCGAACAAAGGCCUCGACUAUUUUAUUUUUAGUAUGUCUUCUGCUUCUUUGCUUUUAUUUCUUAAAUUGUCACUUAAACAAAAGCAACCUAAUCUGAACUACCUAAUCUUUGCAGAUGAUACCAAUAGAGCACUUUUAGAUUGGACAAGACGCUUUGAGAUUAUCCUCGGAAUUACUAGAGGAAUCUUGUAUCUUCAUCAAGAUUCAAGGUUAAGAAUCAUCCACCGAGACCUAAAGGCCAGCAAUAUUCUACUAGAUGCUUCUAUGAACCCCAAAAUUGCAGAUUUUGGUAUGGCUAGAAUAUUUAAGGGAGAUCAAAAUGAAGCAAAUACAAAGCGCGUAGUUGGAACAUAUGGUUAUAUGUCACCAGAAUAUGCAAUGCGAGGAAGAUUUUCAGUGAAGUCUGAUGUAUAUAGCUAUGGCGUUUUACUAAUAGAAAUCAUUACUGGAAGAAAGAAUAAUGGCUUCUACCAUGAGGAACAUCCCGACUCUAACUUAGUUGGCUAUGUUUGGAAAUUAUGGACAGAAGGUAAUGUCUUGCGAAUAGUUGAUUCGUUCAUCGGUGAAUCAUACCCCAUCAAUGAAGUUCUGAAAUGUAUUCAGAUUGCCUUCUUGUGCCUGCAAGAGUAUCCAGCUGACCGGCCAACCAUGUCUGAAGUUCUUUUCAUGCUAGGUAGUGAUGCUGCUCUUCUUUCACCACGAAGACCUGCAUUCUUGUUGGAGAGAAGUAGCAGUUAUAUCGGUGGCCGUGAUGGAUCUAAUUCUCUGAAUGAUUUCACAUGUAGUAUUGUAGAAGCUCGGUAA